AUGAAGAAAAUGAAGAAGAGAAAUAGAGAAUAUUGGGUGCAUCCAAUCUAUAGUAGUAGAUUAUUGCAUGGAAAAUUUCAUACAUUGCAUUCCAAAUUAUUGAAUUUCCCAGAAAAAUCUACAAUACGAGAUAUAACUAAAUCUACAUGUGAGCAAAUAUGGAACAUACUUCAACCGUUAUUUAUGGCAAUCAAACAAGAAGAAGACUGGAUUAAAAUUGCUGACGAAUUUUAUACUCGCACAAACUUUCCCAAUAUUAUUGGAGCGAUAGAUGGCAAGCAUAUUAGGAUGAUACAACCAGAACAUUCCGGAACAUCAUAUUUUAAUUACAAAAAAUUCUUCUCUUGCGUUUUAAUGGCUUGGACAGAUGCAGAUUAUAAAUUUGUUUACAUAGAUGUUGGUUCUUAUGGAACAGCUAGUGAUUCAGAAAUAUUUAAAACAUCUGAAAUGGGAAAACGGCUUUCUGAAAACCAGCUUAAUAUUCCCUCCGGGAGGCAUUUGCCAAAUGAUGAUGACGGAAAUGUCAUUCCAUUCUCUGUCGUUGGUGAUGAAGCGUUUGGACUUGGAAAUCACAUUUUAAGACCUUAUGCAAAAAGAAAUUUAAACUAUACCAAGCGAAUUUUUAACUAUAGACAUACAAGAGCUCGUCGUGUGGUUGAGUGUACAUUUGGGAUUCUUGCAAACAAAUGGCGUAUAUUUCACCGCCCAAUUGAUGUGAAUAUCGAUUUUUGUGUUCGUAUUAUAAAAGCCUGCUGUGUUCUUCAUAAUUAUGUACGUAUCAAAGAUGGAGUAAAAUUUACAGAUACUCUCUACAAUUGUCCCAUGGAUAACUUAACGAUAAUUAAUGAAAACAACCGUGGGAGAAAUAAUAUGGACAGUGUGCGACAGUACAUGUCUUCAUAUUUUAUUUCUCCAGAAGGCGCCAUUUCAUGUCAAUAUGACAAAGUGUAA